AUGGCAGAAACUGGUGAAAAUGAAACGGAGAGUGAUUUGUCGGCGUUGUUGGAUAGUGCUUUGGCAGAUUUUGGUCGUACUCGUAACACGGAUGAUGAAUUGGAUUCGAUGAUGGAUGCAAUGGAUCAACAAGCCGUGCGGAAGGCGGUUCAGAAAUUUGAUGAUGCAAUGAAGACGCUUCAAGAAUCCAACAGUUAUUCGAAUUCAUCUGAAGUAGCACAAAUGACCGACGAUGAGCGUAAAGCUGCUGAGAAUUUCCAAAAUAUGCUUAAAACAUUGAUUGAAGCUGAACAAAAAACGCUGACCGAACAUUCAUCAAAUGAGAAUAGCCAAGAUAGUUAUGAUCGGACUAGUGCUGAAGCUUUUAUCGGGCAAUUGAAAGCGAGUUUUUUUAAGUUGUUAAAGCAGGAUCCAGCUAAUAUAGAGGACGAAUCACAGUAUAAAACUCUAAUAAAUCUUAUUCAAACAUUCUUUUCAAAAGAUUUGAUGUAUCCGCCUCUGAAGCAGCUACUAGAAAGAUUUCCCAAUUACAUAGCAGAACACAGUGAGUUGGAUGCGGAAACGAAACUUCGCUAUGAGAAACAGAUAAAUGUUAUAGAACAUGUGUGUAUGGAAUAUGAGAAAGAUGAAAGCGAAGAUUUGGAAGAAAUGAAGCGGCGAUUUGAUACUAUUACCACAUUAAUGUUGGAAUUGCAAUCAUAUGGAUAUCCCCCCGAAGAAUUGGUGGGCGAAGCUCCCCCUGGCUGGGUUACAGAUCCUCAAACUGGUUUACCAAAAGUGGAUGAUAUAUCAAAAGCUUCCGAAGCUUGCUCACUUAUGUAG